AUGGAUUACCACAACAAGCUCAUUCUCGCUCCCAUGGUUCGCGUUGGCACUCUCCCACUAAGAUUACUAGCUGCUGAAUAUGGCGCAGAUAUCACUUACGGUGAGGAAAUCAUUGACCACAAAAUUCUCAAAUGCGACCGCAGAAUUAACGAACUCAUUGGAUCCACUGAUUUUGUGGAGAAAGGGACGGAAAGUGUUGUGUUUAGAACCUGUGAUCAAGAAAAAGAUAGAGUUGUGUUUCAAAUAGGCACAUCUGAUGCUGUAAGGGCCCUAACUGCUGCUCAGUUAGUAUGUAAUGAUGUUGCUGCAAUAGAUAUUAACAUGGGAUGCCCCAAGCCAUUUUCUUUAAGUGGUGGGAUGGGUGCUGCUCUGUUGUCCAAACCAGAGCUUAUUAGUGAUAUCUUAACAACAUUACGGAGGAAUUUGACCCUACCAGUAACAUGUAAAAUCCGACUUCUAAAAUCACCGCAUGAUACGGUGGAGCUAGCCAGGCGAAUUGAGAAAACUGGUGUUCAUGCUCUUGCAGUCCAUGGAAGAUACGUCUUAGAUAGGCCCAGAGAUCCGGCAAAGUGGAGUGGAAUUGCCGAUGUUGUGUCAGCAUUAUCUAUUCCAGUUAUAGCAAAUGGGGAUGUCUUUGAGUAUGGCGAUUUCGAACGCAUUAAAUCUGCUACAGGUGCCUCAUCGGUGAUGGCGGCAAGAGGAGCACUUUGGAAUCCUUCAAUAUUUUCACCCGAAGGAGAAGUUUCUUACGAGGUUACACAAAAACAAUAUAUCCGGAAGUGCAUCUUGUGGGAUAAUGAUAUUAGAAGCACCAAACAUACCUUAAGAGACAUGAAGUCACAUUAUACCUCCCUAGAAGUCCCUGAAUGGAGGGCUGUGAUCAAGUCCGAGACCACAGCAGAUAUAGCGGAACUCUACGGUGAGCUAGAAUACUACCAAUUAAUUAAAUCAGAUUCCCACAAAGGGCAUAGAUAA